AUUACAUAUGUGCAAAACGAGCACCUGUCAGAGAUUACCUUAUGGAACUUGACGAUAGUGGUAAUGAAUGCAAAGUGUGUAAACAAACAUUUGGAAGCCAGACUGCAAUAUUAACCAUUAAUCGGUAUUUUGAAGCCUUUCAUCCUGCAGAAUUUACUCUAAUUAAACAAC